UAUUCCCCUACUCAUCGUCUUCUCCCGCCACUUCAUUCAUUCUUCAACCCACAUUUCCAAAAUUCAAACACAUUUCUCUCUUCGAACUAGGAAAAAUGAUUGUUGAGCAGAAAGUGAAGGAAGCGGAGAUUACCGAGCAGGAUUCUCUUCUCCUGACAAGGAACCUACUACGCAUAGCAAUAUUCAAUAUCAGUUAUAUCAGAGGCCUUUUCCCUGAGAAAUACUUCAGUGAUAAGGGUGUCCCAGCCUUAGAGAUGAAGAUCAAAAAGCUCAUGCCUAUGGAUGCAGAGUCCAGAAGACUCAUUGACUGGAUGGAGAAAGGUGUAUAUGAUGCUUUGCAGAAGAAAUAUCUCAGGACACUAAUGUUCUGUGUGUGCCAGACAGUAGAAGGGCCAAUGAUUGAAGAAUAUUCCUUUUCUUUCAGUUACUCAAAUGCUGACAAUCAAGAGGUUUCUAUGAAUGUUAAUCGAAUUGGAAACAAGAAACAAGGGGAAACAUUCAAGUGUAACUCCACCACAGAGAUCACCCCAAAUCAAAUGAAGAGCUCUGCUUGUAAAAUGGUUCGUACCCUGAUACAACUAAUGAGAACUCUAGAUAAAAUGCCAGAAGAGCGCACCAUUUUGAUGAAACUCCACUAUUACGAUGAUGUCACGCCUGCUGAUUAUGAGCCCCCAUUCUUUAGAGGCUGCACAGAGGAAGAAGCGCAUCAUCCAUGGAACAAAAAUCCUUUGAAAAUGGAAGUUGGCAAUGUCAACAGCAAGCAUUUUGUAUUAUCUCUCAAGGUCAAAAGUGUUCUUGAUCCUUGUGAGGAUGAAAAUAUGAGUGUGGGAGGUGAUUCAAUGGAGAGAGAUGAAGAUAGCCAAGCUGAUAGUCAGACUAGCCUUUCUGAUGACGAAUACAUCAUGGCACCAGUAGACCAACAAAAAGAGAAACCAGAUGAGACCAUGGCUGAUGAAGAUGAUACUCAGGAUCCAGCUGAAGAUGAACAGCAACUGAAUCGUGUAAAAAAUUGGAUCAGUGCUUAUCAUCUAGACACUUUUGAUGUCACUGAUGUUCUCGCAAAUUUCCCUGACAUAUCUGUGGCUUUGAUUGAAGAUGUUAUGAACAAGCUUGUUAACGAAGGCAUUCUUUCAAAAUCCGGAAAGGACAGUUUCAACAUCGAGAGGCCUGGGAAAUCGGAAUAUGAAUUUGAUGCUGUGAAAGAAGAAACCCUCAGCAAGAAAAGUCCACCCACAAUGCUUGAAGGUCAAAUGUACAUGAAGGCACUCUUUCAUGCUCUUCCAAUGGACUACAUUACUAUUCCUAAGCUUCAAACCAAACUUGGUGGUGAGGUUAACCAAACCACAGUUCGCAAAUUAAUGGAUAAAAUGACCAAAGAAGGGUUUAUUGAAACCUCAAGCAGCCGUAGACUAGGAAAGCGAGUGAUUCAUUCUGAAAUAACCAAGAAGAAACUUGAUGAAGUCAAAAAAGCUCUAGACUUUAAUACUACGGUGGACCUGGACACCAACAGCCAUUCGGAAAAACAAGCAGGGACCAAUAAGUCGACACUUGGCGCAUUCCACUCCAUUGGAUCAGAGCUUACACGAUCGAUGGGUAAACCUGAGUUGCAGCAGAGUGUAUCCAACAGACAGAAUGGACAGAACAACACCCCCACAAGCAACAAUCAGGUUUUGCAGCCGUUGUCUUCCAUAGAGAGCCAUGCAGGGAUGAAAAAGGGUAGAAAUGGAAAUAUCAAUCAGGAUGAUAAAAUGGAUACUGCGGUUUGUAGCCAAACCACCAUAAACAAACGUUUCCGAAAAGCAAGCACGGUAAAGGAGCCUGUCGUUCAGAACAUGAAACGUCAGAAAUCUCAACUUCAUGAAGCGUGAAAGGCGAAGGAAACAUGUAUGACGUAUUUUUAGUUGUCUUUUUGAUGUCAUGAUUUACUAGAUACAUUUAUAUAACUGAUCUUAUUCGUUACUUUUUAAAUACACGUGCUUGACGAUAAAUAAAUUCAUGAAUUAAUACUGAAAGUAUGUAUCCGAGGAUUGAUAAGCGUAUUCAUGAUUUUAAUUUCUCAACAAGUAUUGCGUUA